GAUUAAAACAAAAUAUUUUAGUAUGCCAAUCUUAACUCCUUUCUUUUUAUAGUAAAAAGUACAUGUUUGGUAUCAUUUCCCAUAAACAUACAUAAAUUUUUGCCACAUUACAUGUCAAUUCAGAAGAGUAAAUUACAUGGUGCGAUAUUUGAUGAGUAGACACCAAUUUCUUGGGUGGCUAUUAACUCCUCCCACUAUAUUGAAUAGCUGUAGCAGCAGCCACCAACUUAGCUUGGCAACUCAUUUAAUGGUUCAUGGCAUCAUUUCACUGCACUAAUGCUCUAUACCAUAUUCAUAUAUACUCCUCCAUUGAUCCCAUUUCUAUAAUCUGCAUUCUUCUUCUCAUCUUCUCCCAUUAUCUUUUACGUGUAUUGCUAAAGCAUAAUGAUGGGUUCACUGUCAUCAGUGACUUCACUGAUUUCUCCUUACUCUAAUCUCUUCUUAACCUGCUUGCCUUUCUUGGUUUCCGGGUUGAUCCUACUGCUUUCAAGGAAAUCCAAGUUCAAAAACGGCAAGCGGCCCAAUUUGCCUCCCGGACCUCCGGGUUGGCCGGUGGUCGGCAACCUCUUUCAGGUGGCUCGAUCUGGGAAGACAUUUCUGCAAUACGUGAGAGAUCUGAAGCCCGAAUAUGGCCCCAUUUUCACUCUCAGAAUGGGAACUCGAACCAUGGUUAUAAUCACCAGCGCCGAUUUGGCCCACGAAGCUCUCAUCCAGAAGGGCCAGAUUUUCGCCAACCGGCCCGCUGAAACACCGACCCGGUCCAUUUUCAGCAGCAACAAGUUCUCCGUCAACGCCUCCGUCUACGGCCCGGUCUGGCGCUCCCUCCGGAAGAACAUGGUGCAGAACAUGCUUAGCUCGGCCCGGUUUAAGGAGUUCCGGGACGCCAGAGUGGCCGCCAUGGAUAGGCUGAUCGACAGGAUCGGAUCCGAGGCUGAAUCUAACGGAGGGGCUGUUUGGGUGCUGGCUAAUGCCCGAUUCGCAGUUUUCUGCAUUUUACUCGCAAUGUGUUUCGGCAUAGAAAUGGACGAAAGCACGAUUGAUGAAGUUGACCGGACGAUGAAGGCCGUCCUGAUCGUUCUCGCUCCGAGGGUCGACGAUUUCCUCCCGAUCUUAAGCCCGUUUUUCUCGAAGCAGAGGAAAAGGGUUUUAGAAGUGAGAAAGCAUCAAUUGGAUACAAUCGUUCCGUUGAUCGAGAAGCGCCGCCGGGCGCUGGAAAAUCACGAUAAGACGGCGGCGACGUUUUCCUACUUGGACACCCUCUUUGAUUUCCACGCCGAUGGUAAGAAAUCCGCGCCGACGAACGCGGAGCUCGUGACCCUCGUCUCCGAGUUCCUCAACGGCGGCACCGACACGACGGCGACGGCGGUGGAGUGGGCUGUGGCGAGGCUGAUUGAGAAUCCAUCUUUACAAUCCAAGCUGUACCAGGAAAUCAAAAAUCAGGUCGGGAAUCGGAAGGUAGACGAGAAGGAUAUAGAGAAGAUGCCGUACUUAAACGCCGUCGUAAAGGAGGUUUUACGAAAACACCCUCCGACCUUCUUCGCGCUGACCCAUGCGGUGACCGAACCGACUCAACUGGGCGGGUACGAUAUACCCGUGGAUUGCAAUGUGGAGUUCUUCUUGCCCGCUAUAUCGGAGGAUCCGAAGAUAUGGUCCGACCCGGAGAAGUUUGACCCGGAUAGAUUCGUCUCCGGCGAGGAGGACGCCGAUAUUACCGGGGUAACCGGAGUGAAGAUGAUGCCUUUCGGCGUUGGGCGGAGAAUUUGCCCCGGGUUGGGUAUGGCGACGGUGCACGUGAAUUUGAUGCUGGCCCGGAUGGUUCAAGAAUUCGAAUGGUCCGUUUACCCGGAAAACACUAAGGUGGAUCUAAGUGAUAAGUUUGAGUUCACGGUCGUUUUGAAGAAUCCUCUUAGAGCCCAAGUCAAACCUAGAGAGUGCAAGCCAUGCUGAUUAGAGUAAUAAUAUUUUUUUUUUUUUAAAUUUAUCAUAUCCAUAAAUUCAAUAUAAAUAAAAACUAAUUUCAUCGUUUAUAUACUAUCGUAUUUCAUUUCUGAAAACAAUGUAAAAUUACACUUAUAGAUUUAUUUAUCCAUUAAAGCUAUACGGAGUAGAAUCAUUUCAAAGUUA